AUGACAGCGGAACUAUACCCAGGGGACUAUUUCGGUGGCAAGCCCGAUAAUGAUAGUGUGCUUUCUGAGCGCAGCUGGCUCAUAAAUGAAAUCAUCAAGCCAGAGUUACCCAACAUUAUCGAUAACGUUGACAAGUGCUUAGAACUUUUGACAAGUGAUGAAAGCUUUAGAAUGCCCAUAAGCAACGGAGUUCCCGCCGAGCCGAACGCAGCGUACGUCAGGGGCGUUCUGACCCGAAAGGGCGCCCUCAUAACAGACUUCCAAGUGAUGAUAAGGUUCAAGCAAUUCAAUCGCGGGAAGCAUUGUCUAUUCAAAAUGGACAGUGAAUUACCUUUCCCAAUAGAGCAGAUUAACACGAUUACACAAAACUUAAAAACAGUUUCGGAGCUGCUGGACUCCUUGCAGCUCUGCGGCGAUGUCGAAAUUUUCACAGCAGAUCUGUCGCACGUAAUGGAGCUUCUUUCAAAAUCGACUAAUUUGCUCCAAUACCCACCCAAAUACCUGUUGUUCCCCUUCAAUGGGAACAUGGUGCUCAAACACAUGUUCAAAUCUUCGGAAACCCCCUUUGAGAGCAGCCAUCACGUCUUGAACAUGGACCUGGUUAUCUUGAACACCGAAGUGUGCAUGGAUUUUCGCAACUUACAAAAGAUCACAACCAAGCCCUGGAGCGACUACGAUGCAGAGUCUGACAAAACGUUCACGGACAAAAUCAGGGACGAGCUGAAGCUCCACAGGGGGAAGCGGCUUUCAGAGGUGCUGCAGGACCAGGGCCUCCACAUAGAAGAGCCAUCGCUUCUGCGAAACAUGCUCCCCUUGAAAAACACACAUAAUGCCACCACCCUUCCCGAGGCACAAGAAAUCUUGGCAAGGUGUGUGACAUUUGAAGCGGGUCUCGUGUCAGAGUGUGAAAAAGUGUCUGUCUCAACGAGCGAUCCUAGCCUAAUUAGCAUCACAUCAAAACUGAAUGGCCUCGAAACUUGCGUCAGUAACUAUUAUUCAAACAUCACGCAGAUAUAG